GGUCGACUAUUCGAAUACACAUCUGGUCGAUGGAUAUACAACGAGGAAGUCCGUCUCGCUGAGCGUCACAGAAAGUUUGAUGUUGAUGCGUUAAAACGCGCCGCUGCUCGAUCGCUGGAGAGAUCGGACACAAAUAUUAAGAGUCUAUCGAAGCUGGCAGAAGGAGGCUUCAAUCGUGUCCUACUGAUAACUAUGCUUGAUGAUACUCAGGCCCUUGCGCGAUUGCCAUAUCCCUCAACUAAGCCAAGGCAACUGACAGUCGCUAGCGAGGUGGCGACCCUGGCUCUCCUUCGGGGUUAUGGUAUUCCGGUGCCCCGUGUGUACGCAUACUCUACAGAUGCUAACAGUCCUGUUGGCUCCGAGUAUAUUAUCAUGGAG